CUCAGCCAAUCACUUUGCUGCUUAGACGGAGGCGACAAUCUGCACUCUGACAUUCACUGUUCUUGACAAACAUCUGAAAAUGAACGGUUUAUUCUCAUUUGUCCGAGUCCGUCAAAUGGCGCCUUUUAGCAGCAUCUCUCACCUUCGACUCUUGAGCAGCUGGAUAAUGUCCAGACCAGCUGGUGGAGCCCUGACUUCAAGACACGGGCCACUUUCUUCAGAAGCUGAGGGUUCCGAAGUGUUUCAGCAGCUUCCGUGGCAAAACCUGCAGAUCCGGACACGGAAAAGAGGCACGGAGUAUCAGCCUAACAACAUCAAACGUAAGAGGACACACGGCUGGAUCAAGAGACUCCGAACCAGAGGGGGCAUCGAAGUGAUUCUACGCCGCAUGUUGAAAGGACGCAAAUCACUCACACACUGACUGUGAAUGUGGGAAUGUGUGAGAAUUUUGAAAAAACAGACGGUGAUCCGGAAACAUUGAAAGUGCUUAACAGGUGACAGACGUGUUGAUUAUGUCUACUGUGGAAUACUGGGAUACAGUGGGAGACGGAAUGCCAGGCUUUUGUGGAACAGUUUAAUUUUCCUUUACUGUAAAGGAUUCAUGGUAUUUCAUUGACUGAUUUUUGAUUCCACGCAGAUGACAGUGAUGGUUACUAAAUUGGGUUUUUGUUUCAGAUAUUAACUAACAGCAGGUUGUGUUGUUUUCCUUUGUGAAACCUUUAAUUCUGGAAGACAGUCUACAUGAAAAUGGUCUGGCAUAACGUUUCAUCAUAGAUCU